GUUUUAUUGAUAAUCGAUCAGAAAACAACUGCGAUUUAAUCGAUUAUCGAGAUUAUCGAUCAUCAGUACACAACCUACACACACAACAGCAACAAAGGCAUCAGCAGGACGCAUCCAUGUAGCAUAACAGCUGAUGAAGCGGCUGAAGUCGCUGAAGUUGAUGCAAAUGCGGCAAAUGCAAAGUGUGAGAAAAAGGAGAUAAAUCCAGCUAUUUAUUUACAGUGACUUUUCUUGAAUGUACAAUAAUAGAUUUAUUAGGUGCUAAACUCGCUAAAUUACAAAGAUUGAUGUGCUUUACAAAUUGGAUUACCGGAAAUACCGUUAUGAUAACAUAAACAGGUUCCAAAUACGUAUCAAAAUUUGAUGCCUGAUUUCAAAGUUAACUGAUUGGGCAAGACCGGGAUGAUUUACUUUUAACCAGCAUCAAUCAAGUUUUCAAGUGCAAUAUUUACCAACAAAGAACAAUGGAUACAGAAAUUUCUACUUUUAAAUUCAAAUCAGAAAAUAGCGAUGACAUGUAUUCUGAUCAAGAAGCUCCUUUUGCAGAAGUACCCACUGGCACUAGUGACACAAAAACUGAACACAAGUUAUUGAAUUUAACCUGUGAAUUCCAAUCAGAAGAUCGUGCCGAAUUUUGCAUAAAGCUGGAACCUUCGGCUGCACAAGUACCCACUGACACUGGCACGGAAAUUAAACAAAAUCUUUUGAAUUCAGCUUGUGAAUUCAAAUCAGAAGAUAGUGUCGAAUUCUAUACAGAGCUAGAAGCACCAGCUGCCGAAACAACCCCUGGCACUAGUGACGGGACAAAGCACAAGCGAGCCGAGCGUUCUUACGAAUGUAAACCUUGCGGCAAAACGUUUAAACAAAUUAAAAACUUUCAACGCCAUAUGCGCCUGCACAGAGGCGAGCGCCCGUUUCGGUGCGAUUUGUGCGACAAAGGUUUCCUGUGUAACGGCGAGCUGACUCGCCACAAAAUUACCCACCUUGGCAAGCGCUGCCACGAGUGUUCGGUGUGUGGAAAAGCAUUUUUCCGGAAAAAUAACCUUACCCAGCAUCAGUUGAUACACAACACAGAACGUCCGCAUUCGUGUGAAUUUUGCGGUAACGGUUACCUAACGGCCAGAGAUUUGGAACGACACCGGCGUAAGCAUACCGGUGUCCGACCGUAUAAAUGUGCAGAGUGUGGCAAAGAGUUUUCCGCGAGCGGUGACCGCUUGCAGCACAUGCGUACCCAUUCCGGCGAACGACCGUAUCAGUGCGGUGUGUGUGGGAAGGAGUUCGUCCGCGCAAGCCACCUUGCGCGGCACAGCCGUACGCACACGGGUGAACGACCGUACCGGUGUGAAGAGUGUGGUAAAGCGUUUCGCUCCUGCAGCGAUUUGUCACGUCAUAGGCGCACCCAUUCCGUCAAACGCCAGUGUGGUGUCUGUAAACAAGAGUUUAUCAGGAUAACGCAGUUGGAGCGGCAUUAUCGGGACACUUCCCACGGUGCGGAAAGCACACCGGCAGUGAAAGUAGAGCCUCUUCUGGAAGAACAAAUGCCAUUGAAUUCGUUCAACGAACGCUCUGCCUCACCUGCACAAGUCGCCAUUGCCAUCAACGACUGUCCUAGUGAUAUUUUUGAGUUCCGUCUAUUUCACAUUAGUGAACAAAUCGUCAUGUCUGCACUCCAAAAGUUAAAGCUUGCUUAUCCUGCUGGUCCCGAUGGUAUUUCAGCGUCCAUUCUAAAGUUGUGCUCGGAGACCCAAUCGGAACCGGACCCACCAAUGUCGAUACACGGGAUAAAAAACGAACAAGGCAACAAAUGGACUUUAUGUGAAACAUCUGUACCUCGUCUGACCCAAACUAAUAUUAGUACCGUAGAAAAGUCACAUGCUUGUGAUGUCUGUGGGCGCAGUUUUAUUAAAAAGGACCAUCUAAAACGGCACAGAAAUGUUCACACCGGCCAGCGCACAUUUGGUUGUGAAAUCUGCGAAAAGAACUUUCUACGGAAAGAUGUCCGCGAUAGGCAUCGGAGCAUUCAUACCGGUCUCAAGCGAUUUACGUGUGACAUCUGUGGGAAAAAAUUCACCGAAAAAAGUGCCAAGGCAGUGCACAUUCGGUCCAUUCACCUCGGCCAGAAGCCACACUCGUGCGGAAUAUGUGGUAAAGCAUUUUCAUCGAGAAGCCAAACGGCCGAACACCUACGCCGGCAUACGGGGGAGAAACCGUUUGAAUGUAAAGUUUGUGGUAAACGGUUUGCAUACGUCGUUGGUUUAACCAAGCAUGAGCAAAACUGUGAAGUGCUACUAGAGGAUGCCAUUACGAGCUCUGGAGAAUGAUCUGAUAUUAAAUAUAAAAGAAAGAGAUAGGCUGUUUAUGUAGUAUUAUAGUUGUUGCGUGCCAUGCAACACACGACUUUAUUCUUGAACUCUAUUAUAACGGUUAGGAAGAAAUGCUGAGAGAUUAACGAGCCUCAAAUAGUUUUCGAGGUUAAUAAAUUAGAGUCUUUGCCUCCCAGUUGGCUUCGAGGUAUGACGCUGGUCUAAUAAGCCAGUCGUCGUAUGUUAGAGUCUCGACUGGGAGAGGCUGUUAGAGUCAAUAGGAUCGUAGCUACUGGCCCUGCAAUUGUCCUGCACUCUAACAGCUGGCUGCGAAGUCUGUCGUAUAAAAACAGAAGGCCAAGUUUCGAUUACGGAAUGUAGCACCUAGGCUUUGCUUUGCUUUGCUUAAUUUAGAGCCUGAACUUUAUUUAAUACAAGUUAGCUUUAAGAUACUAUGUUAAAAUAAAUUAAUAA